GCUAUCUCUCACAACUAAGUAGUACUCAGUUUCGUUGAAAUAGUUUGACUGUAGAGUUUAUGUAGCUAUGGCUGAAAAGAUUGAAAUAGAGAAAGCCUCCAGUUCUUCACAGAACCUGGUAUGUCCGCUAUGUCUUGAUAUUUUUUAUGAACCAACGAUCCUGACGUGCGGACACACUUUCUGUCGAAAGUGUCUCAAGAAAUAUGAUCUGACCCACCAGGACAUUGACCACAUGGUCUGUCCUCUCUGUAGGGAGAUCACCAAGUUGUCUUCCAACCGAGUCGACGAUCUCCAACUCAAUGUCUCCAUUAACGGAUUCGUAGACGAUUACCACGCCAAGUGUGGAGGGAUGAAUUCUGUUCUUGAAAUGAACCAUAAAUGCACAGCUUGCAAGUUUCAGCAAGACGCUGUCUCCUUCUGCAGAACAUGUAAUAACUACAUAUGUGAUAAAUGUUUACAAUCUCACCAGUGUAUGACAAUGUUUGAAGAUCACGAGAUUGUCUCCAUGGAGGAUGUCAUCGAAGGGAAGGUCAGCAUUGGUCAUCAAUUUGAGAAAUGCUCCAUCCACAAACAAGAGAACAAAGAUAUGUUUUGUGAUGAUUGUAAGGUCAGUGUCUGUCUCAGGUGCGUGGUCGUUGGUCACAAGGUCCAUAACAUCAAGAACCAGUCGGACUUCGAGCAGGAGUUGAGGCGAAAGGUGACAGACCUUGCCCAGCAAUGUGCAGCUAAGAAAGCAGAACUGGAGAAGAACAUUCAGAAUAUAGAAUUACAACGUCAUGAGGUACACACUGCCAUGCAGAAACUACUAGAUGAUGUCAGCCAGGCUUACAGCAUCAAGGUCAAAGAGCUGGAAGGAAAUCUUCAAGAUCUCAUCGAGCAAAUAAAUGAACUAAAGCGAAGUUUCGAGGAUGAUCUCAACAUCCUAAAGUCCAAGGAACGACAGAGGAUCAAAAGCAUUUGUAGUUCGGUUACAUUGGUAGAUAAUGACAGACUGGGUCAUCUUGAGACAGAUAGUCUGUCCGCUCAUAAUUUGCUUUGUAAUGAGCUAGAAGCUAUGCUGAAAGAGGUUACCGAUCGCACUACUGCGGAAGUUAUUACAAAGAAAGCACAGGAGAAGAGUUUUAAUCCUGGAGAUAAAUCUUGUCUUGACCUCGGGCGCAUUUCAGGAUCAGAUCCCAAGUUAGAAACCAUGAAGUGUAUAGAUCUACGAGAGCGGAUGGUUGGAAUGACAGCUUACACUCGUACCAGUGUGGCCAUCGUAUAUGGGAAUAAUGCACGAGGUAUUGAUAUCAUUGAUACUGCUGGUGGAACGGAGCAGUAUACAAACAUACCACAUAACGUGCAUGGUUAUGUCGGUAUUGUGAUUCAGCGAGACGGUGUAUUAUGUGUCUCAACUGGUUGUACAGAAGCACACAUGUAUUCUACCAAUGGCUCCAGGAAAGCAACAAUCGAAGUGAAUGUGGCUUGUUUUUAUAUCACACUGAACAGAAGUCCAUCAAAUGAGAUCAUCAUUGCUAACGGUGCCAACAAAGUCUACAUCUAUGACCCGACUGGAUCCACUCUCAAACACACUGUUCCAACAAAGCACAAGACAUGGCAGGUAUCAUCCACCAGGUCUGGUUUGAUCAUCACCAGUUCUUGUCAUCUCACCAAUCCAAGCGUGGUGACGGUCUAUGACAGGGAUGGGAAUGCUGGUGAGUCUCUGCAAGCUCCAAAGGAUGUCAACCUGUAUGCUACCGUGGAUGAGCAGGACAGGGUGUAUGUAGCGAGUGUUGAUUAUAAGAAUAAGAAGGUGGUGAUCAGGCUCUAUGAUCUUGAUGGUCUGAACCUGAAGGAAAGAGUUGAGUUUAAUGCACUUGACAUGACAUUGGGUGAUAAUUGGUGUUACUUGGUGUCCCUCUCUCCGGACCUACUCGCCUUUGCUUGUAUGAAGAAGUUAUAUUUCAUCAAGGUAUCGCUGUAAUAAAGAGUAUACAUGAACUAUUGACUUUUAUGAGAUUAUUUAUAGUGUAUCUGAAAUGAGAAUCCAAUAUGUUUGUAAACACCUUUCUGAAUUUGUUUACAUUUUGUGGUGUGUAUAUACACAUAAAUCUUAACACGAAUCGAAGAACGUUCAUACACAUAAAAUAAUUUAAUGAAUGUAACUCGAGUAUCAAAAGACCAUUAUUUUUAAUUAUUUCGUGAAUCUGAAUUAACCACACAGUAAAAAAAAAACACGUUGUUUAAGCCUGUCACUCUAAUAACAAGUUGUUUCACUUUCUUUGUAAUUGUUUAAACAUUUAAAAAAACUAGUUUUUAAGUUGUUUUUAAAAUAAACAGAUGUUUAAAGGGUUUAACAGUAGUCGUUAGAGUGUCGGGCUUAAACAACGUGCUUGAAAUCGUAAAUAGCGUUUUUACAGUGUAUUGCUGGUGUUGUCAUUCAACUCGUGUAAUUAACAUGAUUAAGCCAGCGUUUAAUAUUUUGGGGUCUCUGUUAUAGAGAAUUCGAUGAAAGGCUAAUGUAUUAAACGAACUUUAUAUUUUGUGAGUUAUAAGAUUUGCUUUUGGAAAUUGUGUACAAUCGAUUUGCUGUUUUGUUGCAAGCCAGUCUAUAUUAUUUGUGGAUAUACGUAAAUAUGAUCUCGAAAUUUUAGAUUUUUUCUGUCCAGUGUUAUGAUGUGAAAAUUAAAGGCCUAAUAAUUACGGAUAUCAGCUGAAUUCUUUCCUAUUCGACGAUAAACCCAUUAAUCUGAAUAGGCCUUAAGUUCUUCUUGUGUGGAAUGUAUAGUCCCCACAAACCACUUGAUUUAUUAAUAUUUUCAUUUUAUGAAAUGUCCAUAAUUACAGGAAUAUUAAUUUUGUAUCAAAACACCUCGCUGAAUGAUUAAUGUUUAUAAUCAGUCACUACAAAUACAAACUACGAUAUUAAAAUAUUUCAAUUUCACGAGGGCAUCCAUAGACAUGUUUUUAUAUCAAAGAACUUGUUAUUCUUUUUUUUUACUAGAAAUUUUUUGCCUUUAUUCAGAAUACAACACAUCAUAGUAUAAGUAGAUAAGAACUUAUAUUUUCUUGCAUUGCACAUUGGCAUACGUUCUUUUUCACAAAAUUUAGGUUAGCUUAAUAAAUGACUAUAUUUCCAUGAAAUAUAAUAAUCAAAACAAUGAAUCAUAAUAAAGAAAUGAUACUUUGAACAUUAUAGAAAUCAAUAUAAAUCAUGAUAAUUUGAAUAAGGAACUUCUUAUGAGAAAAGAUGAAUGGUUUACAUUAAGCCAAUAUGACACCGGUGUAUUUUAUUACAAUUUAUCAAUAUAAGAAUGAUUAUACAACAUGAAUAUCGGACUAUGUGUUUAUAAAUUGCCGUUUGUUUUAUAAUGCCCUCUUUCGAGAGGAUAAUGACAUGCUCUUCAAACAACAUGGAAAGGUAUCUAUUGGAAACUGAUUCUAUCCAAAGAUUAUACAAUGAAUAAUUUUCUGGAAAAAAAUCUAUUAUCAUAUUCACCGCUUUAGAAAAUGUUGGACAGAAACAACACAAAUACACAUAGAUACGCUUGUCCACCCCCCCCCCAAAAAAAAAGGAAGUGAUUGGUCUCUUUAUUGUUUUUGUUUCUUAGAUUUGACAUUAAUCUCUUAAAAGUGACAGAAUGACGAUUAGUACUGUAAAUUAUUUAAUAUAAGAUAAUACUGAUAAUUGUGACAUCCUAUAAGGUCUUACACUCUAAUAAUGAAACAUUGAAAGGUUAUUGAAAUAUGUUGAUUCAGUAUCUAUAUAUUCUAUUUUCUAAUUGAAUUACUUGCGUGAAAUUGCAUAGAUAUAAUGUGUAUAUGAAUAAUAUUGAAAUUUAUAUUGUUAUUACAUUCUCUAUAUCAUAGUGUGCAUAAUGUAUGUAAGGAAAUGUUUACCAUAGAAUAUAAAUUUUACACUUUUUAAAGUUUUGAUUUGACCCAUAUUUGUUUCUAAUACCUCUAUAUUAUCUGGAUCUCAUACAUAUCAAAUUAAGUUUAAAAUGCUAUUUCUAUAUGAAUUAUUAUUGUAUAAUAUUAAAUGUAUGAAUGUGUUUUUAUUAUUGAUAUUGAUUGGUCAGUUCAUUUAGCGAUUGAUCGCUAAUCUUUGUGUUACGGAGCCCUGGUCUGGGAGGAAGGCCUUUGGGUGGUAGUAAUUUAUUUUAGGUUUUCCUUUCCUAGGCAACCCAUGGGUCCCGUAACACAAAGAUAAGUGAUUAAUUGCAUAUUUGAUUUUUACGAUUAAUUGUAUAUUGUAGUCAAUGCAAUCAAUCGUAGAAUAAUGUUCUACAAUAAUUGCUAAGCUCUGUCUUACGGGCCCAUGGAGAUGAAUUGGUAAACAUCCUCGUCUCUUUUGUUUUUGUAUUUGUGUUCUCUUUGAAAAUUUCAUUUUGUUGAUAUACUGAACAAAAAUAAUAAUAACAAUGUAUAUACAUGUAGAGGACUCCUCGCACGGAUUAAAAAAAGUUGUACAUGCAUGGAUUUUGAAGUUCAAACUUGUAUGACUAUUGACACUAAAAAAAGGGGAUACCAAAAAAAAGGGGGUACUUUAAAUGUUUCGUUGAUAGAAAAACAAUAACCGUCCCCAUACAAAUAUCAUUGAUGUCUUCGGUUCGGUAAAUAAAUUAAUUUGUUCUCUUCGUGAAUAUUUAGGUUUUUGUCGUUUGGAAAUUUAUACACAUGGAUUUCUGGCAAGAUAGACUAUGGUCUUACCACAUAGGAAGGGGGAUUUUAAGUGAAUGAAUAAAAAAGAUGUAUAGUUUCAUAAUAUGAUUUCUAAAUAUGUUUGUUCAGCUAUUCGCUGCCUGCACUGGCAUAAUGUUUCUCUUCCGCGAAUAUCAUAUUUUCAUAUUUUAUUUUGUACUCCAUUUUCAACUUUAGAUAUUUUCAUUUUAUAGUGUUAUUCUUUUAGUAGGUGUCGUCUUUCGUCUCUAUCCGUUAUUGUAGCCUGAUUUUGUAAAAUGCAUAUAUCCAAACUAAGUCACAAGUUUUGUCUCUCAUACAAGCAUGAGAUAUUUCUUAACAAGCCCAUCCGUUCCAUUUCAUUUAUUUUUUUACCAAAAGUCACUUUUAUUCACCUCAAUAUCCUUUCAUCCGAGUUUUUUUUCUAUAUUAUGUACAUUAUAAUUGGAAUUGAACUCGUUGUGAUAUUUAUGUACAAUGUAUUUUUGGUAUGAAAGUACUUUAAUGCAUUUUAAGAACGAAUAAUUAAUAAAUCUUAAAUAUGAUCAAAUACCUUCUCACAAACGAAUUUCAUUUCUAGUAAAUCCGUCGAUUUAAAGAAAGAGAGAACGGUGUAUCAAACCAGGGUGCAAUUCGUUUUACCCACUGUUCUCUCAUGUUUGAAUUAUAAUACCAAUAUUUUGCGCCAAUUUAUUGGUGUUUGUUAUAAUUUGGACUUAAUGAAUGUUAACAAUUCAGUUUGA